AUGGAGGUAUCGUGGCAGUCUGUGGCAGAGCGCUUCCAAAAGCACCGCGCUGCCGCCAUACCGCCUCGCUGGGUGAUCCCGCCCAAGAAGCUCGAGGAGACGCAGCGCUCAACCACCAGGCCGCUCGACCUUCUCCCACGCCUGCUCUCCCACCAUGAGCUGCAAAUCACCUCUCUGGGGGCGGGCGCCCUCGCGCAAGCCAUACGCACCGGCGCCUUUUCCUGCCUGCAGGUCACCGAGGCCUUUUGUCACCAGGCCGCCGUCGCCCAGCAGCUGACCAACUGUCUCACCGAGAUCUUCUUCACCGAGGCCAUGGAUCGCGCGCGCCAGCUUGACGACCUGCUCAUCGCCAACAAGGGAAAGCCCAUCGGGCCGCUUCACGGCGUGCCCGUCUCCAUCAAGGAUCACAUCAAUGUCAAAGGCCAGCACACCACGUCGGGGUACGUCGCCUAUGCGGAGAAGAGCACCCCCAAGGACGAGGACGCGCCGCUCGUCGCGUCGCUGCGGGAGGCCGGCGCCGUUCUCUACUGCAAGACAAACAACCCGCAGUGCAUGAUGGUCCUCGAGACGGUCAACAACAUCUACGGCCGCACGCUGAACCCCUGGAACACCAAUCUUGGCGCCGGCGGCUCCAGCGGUGGCGAGGGCGCUUUGCUGGCCCAGCACGGGUCGCCUUUGGGCGUCGGAACGGACAUUGGCGGCUCCAUCCGCAUCCCGGCCGCGUUCAAUGGUCUCUACAGCUUUAAGCCGUCGGCCAAGCGCGUCUCCUCGGGCGGCUGGGAGUUGACGCUCACCGGACAGGAGUCCAUCCACGCGGUCGCCGGCCCUCUCGGACACAACGUCGAAGACCUCGAUCUCUUCCUGCAGGUCGUCACGGAUGCCAAGCCGUGGUUGAGGGAGCCGCUUCUCAAGAUGCCCUGGCAGUCGCAGAUUGCGGCUAUGCAAGGACACAAGCUAACGGUCGGUGUCAUGCUGUGGGACGAAGUCGUGAUGCCGCACCCCUACAUCACGAGAGUCAUCAAGGAUGUGGCCACAAAGCUGGAUGCAGCUGGGCAUGAAGUGAUCCCUUUUAAGCCGUUUGACCACAAGCGCGCCUGGGAGGAAAUCCUGCUGCCCCUCUAUUUCACGGACGGCGGCUUGGAUAUCAAGCAGACGCUUUUUGCAGGCAACGAGCCCAUCUUCCCCGCGGCAAAGCGGCUGCUGGACGACCCCAUCGUGCAGCGGCGCAUGGUCCAGGAGGUUUGGCAGUUCAACAAAGCUCGGGAUGCUUACCGGGUGGCGUACCUCCGCAAGUGGGCCGAAACAUCCAAGCAGACGGCAUCGGGCAGGCCCAUUGACGUGCUCAUCUGCCCCGUGGCCGGCCUGAACGGCGCGCCGCACGACAAGAUGCCGUGGUGGGGAUACGCCGCGCAGUGGAACCUCCUCGACUAUCCAUGCGGCGUGCUGCCCGCCGGCACCGUGCUACAGAGUGAUGAGUAUCCCAAGGGAUACGAGCCCGUCAAUGAUCUGGACAGGGAGAAUAUGGAUCUUUAUGACAACAAGGUGUACCGUGAUAUGCCCGUUGCAAUUCAGGUUGUUGGGCCGACACACGAGGACGAAAAGGUUCUUGGCGCAAUGAGCGUCAUUAACACGGUCGUGAAGGGGUAG